AUGUUUGGACGAAUCCUCCGGCCGCAGGGCUCCCUGCGCGCAGUGUCUUCUCUCACAAAAUCCGCUUCCGCCCUUCCCAGAUCCCAGAUUCGAGGACUGCACCGUGUGCCCCAGUUGACGCACGAUGCGUACUUUAAGAAGAAUGGAGUUCCAGAGCUGCUCUCUCCGGAGGGCUUUGACUUCGCCUGGACCCAGUACCAGACGCUCCUGGUUGACAAGCUCAACUUGUUGACGCAGGACACUGUCGACGCUGACGCCAAACCGGGCGAGCUCCUCAUCAAGUACUCCAAGCGGCCGGAGAUGGCCUCCGUGUUCAACUACGCCUCCAUGGCGCACAACAACCACUUUUUCUUCAAUUGCCUUGCGCCCACCCAGACCACUAUUCCCGAGAAGUUUGCCAAAGAUAUUACCGACACGUGCUCGUCAAUAGAAUCUCUGAAGCUCGACUUCCUGGCCACUGCUAACGCUAUGUUCGGUCCUGGAUUCGUCUGGCUGGCCAAGAACCUCGAGAGGGAAGGGCUCCUGAACAUCUUCUGCACAUACAACGCCGGUUCUCCCUACCCUGCUGCGCACUCCCGGCGGCAGCCGGUCGACAUGGCUACCCACAACUCUGACGCUCCCCUGGGCAAUCAGUUUGCAGGCUCCAUGGGAGCUCACGCCCAGAACCAGAAGAACCUCGCACCGGGCGCCCUUGAUGUCCAGCCCAUUCUGUGUGUCAACACCUGGGAGCACGUGUGGAUGAUGGACUACGGUAUUGGCGGUAAGGCCGAGUACCUCGAGCGCUGGUGGGACAGGAUCAACUGGGAAGUGGUCUACGACAACUAUAACGCUGUGAGCGCCCCGAAGAACCGGAAUCCCAUCAACAGACACCGCAGCUUGGGCAUGCUAUGA